AUGAAUGAUAGCUCCAUAUAUGUUUAUAACUUGACGAAAAACGUAAGCGUAGAACAUCUGAAAGAAAUAUUUAUGCAUUUUGGGAAUUUAAAAGAUAUAAAUUUUUUAUUAAAUGAUGAAAAUGUAGAUGGUAAAGAUAAUGCUGAUAAUUUUAUUUGUGCUAAAAUAAAAUUCGAAAAUGAUCUAUAUGCAAAAAUCGCGAAGGAGUUUAUGAAUGGAGGACAGAUUGAUGGAAAAACUGUAUCAAUAAAGUAUGAACAUAUAAUAAAUGAAAAAGAAAAGGAAAAGGAAAAAGUAAAGGAAAGGGAAAAAGUAAAGGAAAGGGAAAGGGAAAAAGAGAAAGAAAAAGAAAAAUAUAAAGAUAGAAAACCUAAUAGUGAUAAAAAAAGAAGUGAGAAAAGAAAAUAUAUAAAAGAUGACUACAAAUCAAGUACAUCCUGUUCUCGUGUAUCAAAAAAUUUAAGUAGGAAAUCAUCGAGUUCGAGAAAAAAAAGAAGGAAAAAAAGUAUUAAAAAAAGGUGA